AAAUAUAAAGAUAUAAGCCAACGAUAAUAAUGCACCGAUUGCACAACUACAAUACAGUAUCUUCUCACGAGACAACCAUCAUGGGUGACGAAAAAAGAAUGAGAUUUGACAACUUCCAGGAUCAGAUGAAGCACUUAAACGUAACUAUAGAAAAGGAUAAUGACUAUAAGCAAUCACUUAGAGACACAGUAAGCUUAAUGGACGAGCAUCUGCAGAAUGCCAUGGCGAAUGCUCAAAGGAUACACACAACUAAACAAGAAGACAUCAAAAUAAAUGUGAUUGAACCAACGACCAGCUGCUUAAAACAAUUCCGUGAAUUCUAUUUAUCAGAGUUCGCAAACAAAAUGUCUGAUAUCGAGUACUUAAAAUAUCAACACCUCUGGAGUAGAUCUAUACAGACGUACAUGUUCAUCCAGUUGUUACUAAACUACCUGCAAGAUGAAGAUUUGCUCACUCACAAGGAAUUCAAUGAAUUCACAAAAUACGACGACCAUUUAUAUGACUAUUUGUUCGCUUUGAUAUCUUUAGUCAAUGAGUUGACGCGUUUAACUGUCAAUACAGUUAUCAUGAAUGAGUUUGACAGACCGAAGCGUAUAUCUGCAUUCUUGAAGGAUGUUUAUCAGGGAUUAUCGUUGCUAAACUUCAAGAACGAUGCCUUAAGGAGAAAGUUUGACUCACUCAAGUAUGAUCUUAACAAGGUUGAGGGUGUCAUAUACGAUCUAACAUUAAGGAACCUCAACUGAAUGACAAGUUAUA